UCUUUGUUUCAAUAAGUUAUAUAAACUAUAAAUGCAUUUAUUUGCUUCAAAGUCUCUUUGCUUCAGUUUGUUUCAGCAACAUAUCUGUAAAGAUGCACGCGUUUGUUUGUUUCGUGUUAAUUGCUUUGGCGUACACCGCUCAAGGAGCUCCAUCUCCUCGUAUCGUUGGUGGUAAGGAUGCUCCUAUCGGCAAAUAUCCAUAUCAAGUGUCUUUGAGAUUUCGAGGCUCACACUCAUGUGGUGGAUCUAUCCUGAAUGAAUAUAAUAUAUUAACCGCGGCGCAUUGCGUUGAGGGACGAGAAAAUAUGUUAGAUCAGUUGAAGGUCCAUGCUGGCACAAACUUUUUGAACGAAACAGGAGAUGUUUAUGAUGUAGAAAGUGCCAGCGUGAACAAAGAUUUCGACAGCUAUUUGCUCGUUAAUGACAUUGCCAUUCUCCAUCUUGAAAAUCCUAUUAAGUACACCAAUGUAGUACAACCGAUAAAACUUGCGACAGACGAGAGCCGACAAGAUAAAGAUCUUGAAGGCAAACCAUGCAUAUUAUCCGGUUGGGGAACUACAAGGCUUGGUGGAAAUACUCCUAACAACUUGCAAGAAAUUGAAUUGUUAGUUUAUCCGCAGAAAGACUGCGAGGCAGAGAUAUGGAGAGUGACAGAUAGCCAUAUCUGCACUUUGACUAAGGAAGGAGAAGGAGCAUGUCACGGUGAUUCUGGUGGACCUUUGGUGGAGUUGGCCAAUGGAGAACAAAUUGGAAUCGUAUCUUUCGGUACUCCUUGCGCGGUUGGAUAUCCAGACGUUUACACAAGAGUGUCCAGUUUUAGAAAUUGGAUUUCGCUUAAUAUGAAAAAUUUAAUAAGAUAUUGCGAUAUGAUACCGCAACUUGAGAAAAAUCGAGAAGUGUCAACUGACAAGAUGAUUUAUAUCUUUGUUACAACUAGCUCAGAGGUAUAUAAACUUAUAAGAUCCUUUCUUCACUUCACUAGUCUCAAUAUAUCUACAAAGAUGCAUAAAUACGCUUUUUUUAUAUUCAUCGCUUUGGUAUAUGCCGCACAAGGAGCUCCGUCCCCUCAGAUUAUCGGUGGUAGGGAUGCUCCUAUUGGCAAAUAUCCAUAUCAAGUAUCUUUGAGAUUUUUCAAUGUAGUAUUUUUAUGUAGUGGAUCAAUUAUCGAUAAUCUUAAUGUGUUAACCGCGGCACAUUGCAUUAGAGGGAGAGAAAAUAUACUGGACUUGCUAAAAGUCCACGUUGGCACAAACUUUUUGAAUGAAACGGGUGAUGUGUAUGACAUACACAGCGUUAGUAUGAACAUUAUCGACAAUUCUACAUUUGCUAAUGAUAUUGCCGUGAUUCAUCUUAAAAGUCCUAUCGUAUACAAUACAUUUGUGCAACCGAUAGAACUUGCGACAUCCGAUAAAAAUCUCGAUGGCGCAUCGUGCACAUUAACCGGAUGGGGAUUUACAAAGCUUGAUAGUGAGAUUUCUAAUAGUUUACAAGAAAUUGAGCUGAUGGUCUAUCCACAAAGCCUGUGUAUGAUAGAAGAAGGAGUGACGAACAAUCAUAUCUGCACUUUGACUAAAAUAGGAGAAGGAAUAUGCUACGGUGAUUCCGGUGGACCUUUAGUGGCCAAUGGAGUUCAAAUUGGUAUUGUUUCCUUUGGUACCCCUUGCGCACUUGGAUAUGCAGACAUUUUCACGAGAGUGACCAGUUACGUGAUAUGGAUCUUGCUAAAUAGAAAAAAAGAUUACAAGUCACAGGUAGAGGAAGAUGCAAACCAGAAAGUGAUCAUUAAAGAUAAUCAUAUCUGCAUUAAGAAAAAGAAAGGAGUGUGCAUAUCUUUGAUUAAGAAAAAGGAAGGAGCGUGCAACGACGAUUCUGGUGGACCUUUGGUAGUCAAUGGUACUCAAAUUGGAAUCGCAUCUUUCGUUACUCUGAGCUUGGAUAUCCAGACUUCUUUGCUAUCCAGUUUCAACAACAUAUUUGUGAAGAUGCACAUGUUUGUUUGUUUCGUGUUAAUCGCAUUGGCAUAUACAGCUCAAGGAGCUCCGUCCUCUCGUAUUGUCGGCAGUAAGGAUGCUCCCAUCGGCAAAUAUCCAUAUCAAGUGUCCUUGAGAUUUCACGGCUCACAUUUAUGUGGUGGAUCAAUCAUCAAUAAUCGUACUGUGUUAACCGCAGCGCAUUGUAUUUAUGGGGAAAGAUUGGACGGAUACAAGAUCCACGCUGGCACGAACUUUCUGAAUGAAACAGGAGAGGUUUUUGGUAUAAAAAGUGUUACCAUGCACGAAGAUUACAGCCCAAUUGAGUUGCUUAAUGACAUUGCCAUUAUCCAUCUCAACAAUCCUAUUAAAUUUAGUGCAACCAACUUAAUGCAAUCGGUAAAACUUGCGACAGAUGAUAAAAAUCUUGAAGGCAAGCCCUGUACGUUAACCGGUUGGGGAACUACAAGGGUUGGAGGAAAUACUCCUAACAACUUACAAGAAAUUCAACUGGUAGUUUACUCACAGAAAGAUUGCAAGUCACAGAUAGAGGAAGAGACAAACCAGAAAAUGACCAUUAAAGAUAGCCAUAUCUGCACUUUGAAGAAAGGGGAAGGAGCGUGCAACGGCGAUUCUGGUGGACCUUUGGUAGCCAAUGGUACUCAAAUUGGAAUCGUAUCUUUCGGUAUUCCUUGUUCGCUUGGAUAUCCAGACGUUUACACAAGAGUGUCCAGUUUUAGAAAUUGGAUUUCGCUUAAUAUGAAAAAUUAAACGAUAUUAUUUAA